UUGGCGAAUGUAAUUUUAUCAGUUCGAUGUGUGAUCGAUUGGUUGCCACUACGAGUGCACGGUAGUAGGAAAUACACGCAGCAGAGGUUUGCUAACAGCAGUACAUCGGAGGAAGCAGAGGUUUGAGUCCCAAAGCAGCUGGUCAUGGGUUUGACCAAACAAUACCUGCGCUAUGUUUCAAGCGCAGUCUUUGGAGUAAUUGGCAGCCAGAAAGCCAACAUUUCGUAUGUGAAGCUCAGAGGAGGAGAGAAGGGACGCUAUGUGGCUGUGGCAGCAUGUGAGCAUGUCUUCAUCUGGGAUGUUCGAAAAGGAGAGAAGGUUCUGAUCCUGCAGGGGCAGAAACACGAGGUGACAUUCCUCUGUCCGUCACCUGAUGGUGUCCAUAUCGCUGUUGGUUAUGAGGAUGGUGCUGUGCGAAUCUUUAACCUGAUGAAUGGUGAAAGCAACGUCUCCUUUAAUGGACACAAGUCAGCUGUCACAGUGAUACGUUAUGAUGUAUUGGGAGCAAGGCUCGUCACUGGGUCCAAGGACACAGAUGUGAUUGUGUGGGACAUCAUCAACGAGUGUGGUCUGUACCGACUUCGAGGACACAAAGACGUCAUCACACAGGCCUUGUUCGUCAAAGACAAGAAUCUCCUGGUCACCAGUUCUAAGGACAACUUUGUGAAGUGGUGGGAUCUGGACACACAGCACUGCUUUAACACCAUGGUGGGCCAUCGCAGUGAGGUAUGGGGUAUGGUGCUGCUCAACCAAGAGAGCAGGUUGUUAACAGGCUCCGCAGACAGUGAACUGAGAGCCUGGGACAUUCAGUACAUUCAGGAGGAGAAAGCUGAGGGUGAGCCUCAAGAGAAGAAGGGGAAAACUCUGCUGGAUGAUGAUGAUGAUGAUGAUGACAAAGACGCAGAUGAAGGUGUUGAAGAGAGGAUCUUAAGGUGUAAAAAAGCAGGUUCCAUCCUACGGGAGGCCAGAGACAGAGUGGUGUCCCUCACGAUGGACACAAGAGCCAGAGUCAUCGCCUGCCAUGGCAACGACUCAGUGCUGGAGCUCUUCUCGGUGCUGACAGAGGAGGAAGUGAAGAAGAAAAUGGCCAAGAAGCUGAAGAAAGUCAAAAAGAAGGCAGCCAAAGCUCAAGAAGAUGGAGGAGAGGAAGCAGGGGAGCCAGUGGUGGAGAAGAUGCUGAAAGACGAGAUCGUCAGACUGGUAAAUAUCAAGGCCUCCUCCAAGAUCAGAUGGGUGGACUGCAUUUCCUGCGCAGGAAAUGAGUUGAAGCUGGCUCUGCUGCUGCAGAACAACACGGUCGAAACCUAUAGCUUAAAGAUGUCGGACAAGACGCCCACAGCCAAUAAGACGGCUCGGCUCACACUUGGCGGCCACCGCACUGACGUGCGUACUUUGGCCUUUAGCUCAGACAACCUGGCCGUUCUGUCUGCAUCUGGGGACACAGUCAAAGUCUGGAACAGAUCAACUCUGCAGGUGAUUCGAACCAUGUCCUGUGAAUACGCCCUCUGCUCCCUCUUUGUACCAGGAGACAGACAGAUCAUCUUAGGAACUAAGACUGGUAAACUGCAGAUUUUCGAACUGGCCUCAGGAAGUCUCCUGGAGACUGUGGACGCUCACAAUGGUGCUCUAUGGUCUCUGUGUUUGGCCCCGGACCAGAGAGGGAUUGUGACAGGAAGUGCAGACAAAACAGUCAAAUUCUGGGAGUUCGAGCUGGUCAAAGAUGAAGGAAGUGGACAAAAGAGGCUGACGGUGAAACACACUCGUACACUGCAGCUGGAGGAGGACGUUUUGUGUGUAAAGUUUUCUCCCGACCACAGACUGUUGGCUGUCUCUCUGUUGGACUGUACUGUCAAAAUCUUCUACACCGACACGUUGAAGUUCUUCUUGUCCCUGUAUGGACACAAGCUGCCUGUUCUCUGCCUGGACAUCUCACAUGACAGCAUGAUCAUCGCUACUGGAUCUGCAGACAGGAAUGUGAAGAUCUGGGGUCUGGACUUUGGCGACUGUCAUAGAUCCAUGUUUGCUCAUGAUGACAGUGUCAUGUUCCUCCAGUUUGUCCCCAAGACUCACCUCUUCUUCACAGCAGGAAAAGACAAGAAGAUCAAGCAGUGGGACGCUGAUAAGUUUGAGCUCAUACAGACUCUGGAGGGCCAUCAUCGUGAGGUCUGGUGUCUGAGCCUCAGCCCCAGCGGCGACCACAUCGUGUCUUCAUCUCACGACAAGUCGAUGCGUCUGUGGGAGAGAACCAGAGAGCCCAUCAUCCUGGAGGAGGAGAGGGAGAUGGAGCGCGAGGCAGAGUUUGAAGAGAGUUUUGGAAAAGAAGAUGCACCUGUGGUUCCUGGAGAGACUCAAGGAGAGGCAGCACCAGCUGGUAAAAAGACAGUGGAAACAGUCAAAGCUGCAGAGAGAAUAAUGGAGGCUCUGGAGCUUCUUAAAGAGGAGCGGAAGAAGCUGGAGGAGCAUAAAUAUGCCUGUCGGCACGCAGGGCAUGAGCUUCCUCUGCCCAAACCAAACCCUAUCCUUGUGGCCUUUGGGAAUAUUUCACCGUCCAGAUAUGUCCUAGAUGUGAUAAGGAAGGUUAGAUCCAGCGAGCUGGAGGUUUCUCUGUUGGUGCUGCCAUUUUCUUACAUCCCUGAGCUGCUGACCCUCUUCAGCAGUUACAUCCAUCAGGGUCUGGAGGUGGAGCUGGUCUGUCGCUGCCUCUUCUUCCUGCUCAAAAUCCACUUUGGUCAGAUCUCCAGUAACCAGAUGCUGCUGUCUGUCAUUGACGAGCUGAGGAUGAACACACUGUCCAAAGUUAAAGAAAUCAGAAACAUGAUGGGCUUCAACAGUGCCGCAAUGCAGUUUCUGCAGCGCCAGAUCGAGAGCAAGGAAGACGUCAUGUUCUUCGCCGACGCCACGGGACGACUGCAGGAAAAGAAGAAGCGGAGGAGGAAGAGGGAGAGGGUUGUCCUCACAAUUGCAUAAAGCAUAACAAACUGUAUCUGUAAUAACAUCUUCUCUUGUCUUUUCCUGGUUCUUUUCUAUGAGAGGAGUCAGAGAAUCAAGUUUGUGCUCAUUGUAUGAUCUGAUGUAACGCUCACAAAUAAAAGGAGUUCGGAUUUUUCUCACA